AUGAUCGGCCUGGUCUCGCCUUUCGCUGGGAUCCACAACCUCGAUCUCUCCCCGGAUUCUCUCUCAAUUGCCGAUGGAGCCCACCAGAUCUGGGGCCAACUCACCCCGCAUGAUGAUGGCUCCUUUGACUCAGUCCCUGUGCCUGAUGUGGGGUCGUCGGCAAUACGUACCUAUCAAUCCGAGGCGGAAAUGCGGUCGUACGCGCAGCUAUUUGCCCAGGCGGCAUUGGCUGCUGUGGAAACUGAGACUGAUGAUUUGGCGCCUGCUUUGAACACUAAUAUGCCUGAGACAGGAUCAUCUCGGACACUUAAUGACUUGCACUCGCAAAUUCCAAUUCAGCUUUAUCCGGUUCUGGCUCUGGUGAUUCUUGCCAUGUAUGAAUAUUGCCAGCGUGGUAAUGUAUCCAGAAUGCGAGCUCGUGGUAACCAGGCUAUCACGACUGCUAUGGACAUCUCCAUCCAUUGCCUUGACUCGACGACGACAGAUUAUUCCGAGGCACAGAGACGAGCUUGGUGGAUGACGGUUUGUCAGAGAUAUCUGUUAUUCUUGGGACUGUUGCUCACUGGUCCUGUAGAUUUGGGUCACAUACCUAUCCUCCAACCUCCAUCACUCUCCACCAAUUGUUUCCACGAAUGA